ACAGAUCCAUGAUCCACCUCAAUACUAAAAUUCAAGGAUCGAUAACUGCAAUGUUGACGGAUACCCGGAAGUUACGUAAUCACACUCGCUGACUGAGAAGAUGGAGGAUGGGACAAGUUUAAAGACGGGCUUUCUUCUUCGCUACGAGCCAAAUAAGCGAUGGAAGUUGCGAUGGUUUGUUCUUCUAGAGGAACAGUUGGUGUGUACACAUAAACUGCAUCAUUCCAUGGUGGUGGACAUUGUUCCCCUUCAGGGAGCCUCCGUAGUUUGUCCAAUCACAGACCCUCAGCUCAACUCACCUGGGACCUUUAAGAUCACCACUCCGGCAGGAGACGAGCUCUUUUACCAGGCUGCCGGGAAACAGGACCGAGAUGGCUGGGCUCACGCGGUUGGAGCCGUCAUCAGAUCGCUCAGUGGAUCCAAACAGGAUUCAGAACAACCAAUUCCAUUUACAGCUUUCAGAGCCACAGCAAAUGUCAGUGAAAUUUUGGGUGCUAUGCAAGACCCUGAUGCUGGGGUUAGCUUGGGGAGCCAUGUCCGUAAUGGUGCAGUUCACAAGAAUUGUUUUACAGGAAGUGCUGUAGUAGACUGGCUGGUACGCUGGUCAAUCAUCAGGAAACGUGAGGACGGGUCGGCCAUGAUUCAGACUCUGCUAAAACUAGGUCAUGUCCAGGAAGUGGACAUCAAUGACGGAGCUCUGGGAGCCUCCAAAAAGUUCAGUGAUGGAGACAAACUAUACAGAUUUUCCUCCCUUAACCUUGGUGCUAAGAGGAACAGUUACUAUGACAGCACUGACAGUGACAGCAGCUCCUCGGAGGAUGAAGAGGACGACACUCAGGAAAACAAACUCAAAAAAGGAAAAGUACUCAAAGCAUCCUACCUGUCCAAAAAGAAAAGUAUACGUAAGGAUUGGAGAAUUGUCCGAGUUACAUUACGAGAAAACCCACCUUCUCUGGAAUAUUCAAGAGUUUUGCAUGAUCACUCCAAAAAAGGGAAGCUAAUUGAAGUGGAGGACGUAAACACAGAGGAAGCUAAAAAUGAUUGUUUAGUCUGUAGUCAAGAUACAGCUGAGACAGCCAGACUCAGAAGAAGAAUUGUUUUGAGAGACACAGGAGGCAAAUGUUACAUCUUUAAAACCAAGGAUGAACAGGAGAAGUUAGAGUGGCUUCCCUUGCUGCAGAGCCUCAGCCGGAAGGCCGCCACAUCGCAGUGACAGCAAACGUGCCUUCAGUUACCUGGUCUUCAUAUAAAUUCACAGGAAAGAUGCUUAAUUAUGACUAAGUAGUACGUGAACGUUUUCAUUUGAAAUGACAAGAUAUUUUCUGAGAACAAAUCAGCACACAUGAAGUAAUGUUUGAUGAACAAUUGACAUUUAUGAACAUACUAGUCUUUAAGUACUCUGUAAUUAUAUGAUGUGUCAUAUUCAAAAAAUUUUAACGUUUAGCCUCUUUGCAAUAAAAAUAAAACUGAAAAAAUUUGUAGAAAUUAGAUACUAAACAGCAUAUAUUUAAUAGGAAAUUUGAGAGGAAAAAGGUCUUUAAAUAAGAUAGAAAUAAUUAUACAGUCAUUGAUAGCCUGUGAAAGAAUGAAUAAUGACAAAUGUUACGUACAUGUAUGUUUCAUGUAUAUAUACGAGUAAACAAACAAACUCAUAUUAUCAAAUUUUAUUCCAUAUAACUUGAAUGUUGUCAUGCAUAGUAUUUUAAACAGAAGAUAAGAAAAAAAAAUUGCGAGUUUAUAUACUCCUAACAGAGGAAGCAUUAACUAAAAAAACACAUAAAAAGUAGAAUACUUGUACACAUAUCCAAGUCUUUCAGUCUGUCUUUCAUUUUCUAUUUGUGGUAAUGAAUUCUUUUUUUCAUUGUAAACAUUGGUAGAUUGUUAAACAAAUGUAUAAGUAGCUUUUGUGAGAUCACUAUACAUUUCAUGCUUUUAUUUUUGCCAAACAAAUGAAAAUCUCUUGCCAAGUGUUCAUAAUUAUUUUUUUACAUUUCUGGAACUGUAUUUUAUGAAUGUUAAAUGGUUGGCAAUAUUUAUGCCUCACAUGCAAUAAAAGAUACGUGAAUGUUUAAAGGAGCUCAAGUCUGUUUCCUUGUCAAGUCUUCGAUGCAUUUUUUUAUUUUGAUUGAGUAUUAUUGUAAUCAGUCUAAGUAUUGCAGGCAUUAACAUGCAAUAUUAUAAAGUAAAUAUUCCAAUGUAUUCCGACUAAGAACUGUCAAGUUUAUUAUAAUUUUUAUAUUAAUGUUAAGAAUCUCAUAGGCAGGAAUAGAUUUUUAUUAAAUCUAUUAGCUUGUUACAUUACUUAAAAUCAAUAUCAGAUGAAGUGUACAUAGAUUUUUGAUGCUUGAUGGUUUUUUAAUGUGAAGUAUACCUUUCUACAUCUAUAUAAUCUCAUAUCUUCUUAUGUAGGCCUCUUAUUUUACAUCCAGUCUCAUGCUUACACAUGUAGGCUUCUUAUUCAACAUCCAAUCUCAUGCUUAUACAUGUAGGCCUCUUAUUUUACAUCCAAUUUCAUACCUACACAUGAAGGCCUCUUAUUUUACAUCCAAUCUCAUGCGUACACAUCUAGGCCUCUUAUUUUACAUCCAUUCUCAUGCUUACACAUGUAGGCCUCUUAUUUUUACAUCCAUUCUCAUACCUACACUUGUAGGUCCCUUGUUCUACACCCAAUUUCAUACCUAGACAAGUAGGUCCCUUGUUCUACAUCCAAUUUCAUACCUACACAAGUAGGUCCCUUGUUCUACAUCCAAUUUCAUACCUAAACUUGUAGGUCCCUUGUUUUACAUCCAAUUUCAUACCUACACAAGUAGGUCCCUUGUUCUACAUCUUAUUCCAUACCUACACAAGUAGGUCUCUUGUUCUACAUCCAAUUUCAUACCUAAACUUGUAGGUCCCUUGUUUUACAUCCAAUUUCAUACCUACACAAGUAGGUCCCUUGUUCUACAUCUUAUUCCAUACCUACACAAGUAGGUCUCUUGUUCUACAUCCAAUUUCAUACCUACACAAGUAGGUCCCUUGUUCUACAUCUAAUUCCAUACCUACACAGUCAUGUAGGUCCCUUGUUCUACAUCUAAUUCCAUACCUAAACAUGUAGGUUCCUUGUUCUACAUCCAAUUUCAUACCUACACAGUCAUGUAGGUCCCUUGUUUAACAUCCAAUUUUACAAUUACACAAGAAGGUUCCUUGUUCUACAUCCAAUUUCAUACCUACUCUUGUAGGUCCCUUGUUAUACAUCCAAUUUCAUACCUACACAAGUAGGUCCCUUGUUCUACAUCUAAUUCCAUACCUACACAUGUAGUACUCUUGUUCUACAUCCAAUUUCAUACCUACACAUGUAAGUCUUUGUUCAACAUUCAAUUUCAUACCUACACAGUCAUGUAGGUCCCUUGUUCAACAUCCAGUCUCACAACUACACAUGUAGGUCUCUUGUUCUACAUCUAAUUCCAUACCUACACGAGUAGGUCCCUUGUUCUACAUCCAAUUCCAUACCUACACAUGUAGGUCUCUUGUUCUACAUCCAAUUUCAUACCUACACAUGUAGGUCUCUUGUUCUACAUCCAAUUUCAUACCUACACAUGUAAGUCUUUGUUCAACAUUCAAUUUCAUACCUACACAGUCAUGUAGGUCCCUUGUUCAACAUCCAGUCUCACAACUACACAUGUAGGUCUCUUGUUCUACAUCGUAUUUCAUAUCCACACAUAUAGGUCUUUUGUUUUAUAUCCAAUUUCAUACUUACACUUGUAGGUCCUUGUUCUACAUCCAAUUUCAUACCUACACAUGUAAGUCUUUGUUCAACAUUCAAUUUCAUACCUACACAGUCAUGUAGGUCCCUUGUUCAACAUCCAGUCUCACAACUACACAUGUAGGUCUCUUGUUCUACAUCUUAUUUUAUAUCCACACAUAUAGGUCUUUUGUUUUAUAUCCAAUUUCAUACUUACACUUGUAGGUUCCUUGUUCUACAUCCAAUUUCAUACCUACACAGUCAUGUAGGUCCCUUGUUUAACAUCCAAUUUUACAAUUCUACAAGAAGGUUCCUUGUUCUACAUCCAAUUUCAUACCUACUCUUGUAGGUCCCUUGUUAUACAUCCAAUUUCAUAACUACACAAGAAGGUCUCUUGUUCUACAUUCAAUCUCAUACGUACACACGUAAGCCUCUUAUUUUACAUCCAAUUUCAAACCUAAACAAAUAGGUCCCUUGGUACUCCUUAAACAACUACAUUAGCUUUAAUAUUAUGUUAUGUAUACCAGCCUGCCUUUGAUCAAUUUUUUCUAGAUAAUAAUGUUAAUAUUUAUGAGGGGAAUUUACACUGAAAGUUAUGCAUGCAUAUGCAUGUAUAUAUUUAUACUGUGUGGUAGUUCAACAAUAGCUGCAGAUGUACUUUUGUGUCAGGCCUGCACUAUGACUCCAAACCAUAUUGUCACAGAUGUAUUUCUUUACUUGAUCUACAUGUUAGCUGCUCGCUACCCAGAGGAAAACUUCUUAAUACUGCAUGGUUACUUGUACAUGCAACUACACAGAAUCAAACAUCUAGUCACAUUUUUAUUUUUACUGAAUGUUAAGUUUUAUGUGGUAUAACCAGCCAACAAAAUAGAGGAAAAGUAAUUAUUUUUCGUAUAACUUGUACAUGUAGCUACACUAAAUAACCAUUUAGUCAAGAUUUGAAUGUUAACUUAUCUUUAUAUUAUAACCAGCAACCCAGACAAAACCGAAUUAUUAAAUGUAUGUUAACAUACAUUUACUGCAUGCAAAUGUAGCUAUUAACUGCCAGAAACCUUUAGUCUUUGCUACAGAUGUGUUUAGUUCUUUUGUGAGAUGAGAGCUAGAAAUGAGUAACUGAUAUGCUGUACUGUUUCUUUCCUUUGAAUUGUACUAUGUAUUUUAUAAUGCUUUAUCAGGCGCUGGAUCAUUGAUCCUAGUAGAAAUGGAUUUGUAAGUCCUUAACCAAAUGCUAUCCAACUUAUACAGUCAUUUUUAAUGUAAUUUAUCUUUUUAAGAAUUUACCACUCGAAAAACUGAUAAAUUAAAGAAGACACGGCUCCUCUAUUUCUUUGUAACCGUUAAAAAAUAAAAUACAGGUACAAUAAUUAUGAUGAUAUUCUGGUGUGAGAGGACGGAUGUGGUUGCGUGUGAAGGUUUGGCAUUAGAGACUGGCUUUGUUAACCAGAGUAAGAAACGUGUCCCAUUUACUGCUCCCUCGCUCCUAACUUACAACCGCCAAUCUGUGCAUACAAUUCACGAAACUUAAGUUUAAUCAGAAGGAAAAUAUUAAAACUUGAAAAGAAUGCUUAUUUUUUGUAUCUUGGUACAAAUCAAUAAAUUAUCAGUAAUUUAUUUAAGCAAGACACAAUGUUUUAUUUAUUGAACACUGCACAAUAAACUAGUUUCCCGCCGUGAUGCGCUUUCAUGCAUCAUGGGAUAGACAGCGAAGCAAUUUGAAGUCUAUAACGCUAUGUUCAUUAAAUGUUUUGCAAUUUUAUUUUUUUUUAUGAAAAUACCCGAUAGCAUUAAUCGAUUACGAAUGUUAUGAAGCUGAAUGUACAUGGUUAUAUACUAGUAGUUUCAUGCAUCAAGUACGGGUAUACGCAUAUUUUAAAAUAUUGAAAACGGGGCUUUUUUAAAUAUGUUAUUUUUAAUAACAUUCUGAAAACAAUAUAAGCAAGUAUGUAUAUGGCUGUACCACGGAAUAUUUCUGUGCUUUUUUUGUGCAAAUGUUUUUGUUUUUACUGAGAUUGGUGUAAACAUUUAUAAAUGGACAAACAAUUAUUACUCAAUGAAAGACCUGUAAAGGUGUAUAGUUGAAUGGAAUAAACAUUAAUUUAAAUGAAA